UCAAAAAAGAAAAAAAAAGAAAAACAAAUUUACGUUGAUGUAUAUUUCAUGUUUAGGGUUACCUUGUGUUAAGUUGUGUUAUUAUGUUAAGUUAUAUAGAAAAUAGGCCACCCAUUUUUUUAGGGUGGGGGGAAGUAUGGUGUUAGGGGGGUUGGAUUGUUAAAUGUAUUUAUAAGUAGUAGUUAAGUGGACUCCGAUUGGACAACAUCAAUAGCAGGCAGCAACACAUGAACCAUCGGCGGGAGUAUGAACAAUGACAAUCUGCACUCGACACACUACAUACCGGUACUGCACACGCAAUCACAGACAGAAGCAAUCACUCCAUACCCAAACCCCCGGACGGUACAGACAUCAGAGCGAGCGUGUCCUACAUAUAUACAAGUGAAUAAGACUGGAGUACCAUUCAGGAUGAAGAACUGGGUUGAUAGGAAUGCAUUUGCGUACUCCAUGACCUCCCUGGCCGCUGUGUUGAUGAACUCUAUCUUCCGGUUCUACUAUGUAAGACUUUUCACCGAUUACUACCACAUAUCGGAGUCAUGGUUCAACGUGGCGCAGGUGGUCUACAUGAUAUGGAACGCUGUCAAUGAUCCAUUGUUUGCAUACUGGCAAGACAACUCCAACAUCAAGGCAUUCCGCUCCCGACGUCAUGCCAUCAUGUACGGAGCGCCACUGUUUGCCAUCUGCUUUCUCCUGCCGUGGUUUCCCUGGAAGACCUACGAAGCCAAUGAGUGGAUAAUUGGAGUCCAUCUCACGGUCUCACUGUGCUGCUACGAUGCGUUGUUCACCUUCGUGCUCUUGUCGCACGGUGCCCUUUUCGCCGAGAUAUCCACCCGACACGAGGACCGGGUGAGAUUGACCAGGUACGGCCAAGUGGCUUCCAUUGUGGGCUCAACGUCUGUUCUCUUUAGCCAGUUUGUAUCCGACAACUUGAACAACUUCCAUGCAUUCCAGGUCUGGUGUGUCUUUGUAGCCUUUCUCAGUUGGGCUGCAAUGCAUUACACAGGGAGCAACGUGAGGACACGGUUUGAACUUCAGCCAUCGGGUCAGGGGGCUUCGGGACAUCUGAGCAUGGAGAAGAAAUCCUUGAGCCCCUCUUCGCAAGAUGGCUCUCUCUCACUAUCAUACAGCCAGGCCAAACAGAUCAUCUUCAACAGGAACUUCUUGAUAUUUGUAUUCAUCAACUUUUGUCAGAUAUUUCACAUGAAUUAUGGAGCCAACUUCCUGGCCGUUUUUGUCACCCAACUCAUUCCAGAGACAGACCUGUCUCAGUUCAUCAGGAAAGCUUUGUUUGGUACCACUUUUAUCCUUCCUCAGUUCUUAGUCUUAUUGCUGAGCAUUUUCGUCACACGGUAUGGUUAUUACCGUAUCAUCGUCUGGUCAUUCUACUUCAAGAUCUGUUCAGCAAUCUUCAUGUUCCUGAUAGGAGCGCAGCAUACACACAUCAUGGUUUUCUUCUUUAUAAUGGACAGGAGCCUUCCUGAUGCAAUAUUCUCAUUCUUCAAUCUUUGUCUUUCUGACAUCAUUGACGAGGAUCAACUCAGAAACAAGAGAUCGAGUCCUUUGUCAUCAAGCGUCUUCGGCUACAAUGCCCUCUUCACGAAGCCAGCAUCCUCCCUAGCCCCUAUGAUGGUAGUAAACAUCCUCAAUCGCUAUAGUUACCAAGAACUACAGGAUGAGAAGCUUUCACUCCAACACACCACCGAGCUCAAAGGAACCAUGUUUAUACUGGCUUGUUUCAUACCAAUCAUCAUCGGGUCACUACAACUCCUUGUCUGGAGAAAUUACACCAUCCGUAGUAGUCAUAUUAGUGUUGCCAAGCAUGUCGAAUAGUUCAGGUCACAUCCGGGCCCCGGGAACGAUUAUUGUAGAAGGGAUCCUAGUUUUGAAGAAACAAAUAGACAAGGUUUUCGCUCAAAACUGAAGGGGAUUUCAGUCAAAUUUCUACUUUUGAGCACACAGACCUGAUUUCCAGAGGUGCUGCCUAUGGUGCAUGUAGCACCCAUAGACUAAUCGUAAGAGGUGCGUCAUGUACAGGUAAUUUCGCCCCAAUUUGAAUCUCUCAACAUGUCUACAGUAAAAUUUUAACAUUCCAUCAUUAUAUAGAAAGGGGGUAACGACAGGUUUUUUUUAAUUCUGUUAGGAUAAUAUGUGCCUGUGACUGUGAGCUCAUAGUAACACCAUUUCUUUGUUGAUAAAGUUUGCCAUUGCAUGAUUUGUCUUUUACAACAGAAAUAUGCUCAGGUGUGAUCACAACUAGGGUGUUGUCAACAUACCUACGGUAGAUUAUCAACAUUCCAUCUUCUAGAUAAACGUUUGGUUUUCCAUUGCAUUGAAUCUCCUGGGAGUACAGAACUCCUGUGGAGCGUUGUGGCCCAGUGGAUUAGUCUUCGGACUUUGAAACAGAGGGUCGUGGGUUCGAAUC